AUGAUGCUCGCUGCGACCUCGCGCCGUGUCGCGCAUUGCCAGCCUGCCCUUCGCUCGCCGCUCCUGCGCAUCCGCCCGCGCCCUACUGCUUCAUCUGCUUCAAUCGCAUGCGCAGCCCUCCGUUGCUAUGCGCAACAGUCAGAGAACACCGGCGAGGGCAGGCCGCGCUCUCAGAGUCUGCUCGUCUCCUCAGAUGCCCGCCUCAACGAUGUCGGGGUUCAGCAGCUCAGCGCGCAUGCCUACGGCCAAAUUUUCGCUUCCGAACCGAAACCACCGCCCAAGGAGCUGGUAGACUUGUCAAUCGAUCACCUCAAGCGCCAUGAGCUGUUCGGCAAGAACUCAGAUUCGGCGCCACCCAUUAGCUUCGACAUGCCGCCACUUCAGGGCUCCUCUAAGACUCUGGACGAACAUUUCUACCGCCUGGGCAUGGACUCCGCUCAUCCCUAUCUGGAUUUGGCCAACGACUUCGUACAGAAAGAGCCUCCCCCGAGACCAAAGUGGAUCCAGAGGAGCGGUUGGACAAAAUACGUCAACGGGACGUCGGAGGCCGUAGAAGCGCCGGAUGAGUCGCUUUUGACAUUCGAUGUCGAGGUCAUGUGGAAAGAGACAUCCUAUGCAUGCAUGGCUUGUGCUGCAAGUCCCACUGCCUGGUAUGCCUGGAUUUCACCUUGGUUGUUGGGCGAAUCCGACACAGAUCGCCACCUCAUUCCAUUGGGCGAUCCGAACAAACCGCGGAUCGUUGUCGGACACAACAUUGGUUAUGACAGGGCGAGAAUUGCUGAGGAGUACGACUUGCGCCAUUCAAAGAACUUCUUCAUGGAUACCAUGUCGCUGCACGUUGCCGUCAAUGGCAUGUGCUCACGUCAAAGACCCAAGUGGAUGAAGCACAGGAAAGAGAAGGAAUUGAGAGACAAGAUUGCCGCAUCCGACGAAAACGUUGAUCUCAACUCGUUGCUUCAAUCUGGACAGCUUAGUGAUGAAGAAGAGGAGUUGUGGAUAGGGAGAAGCUCCAUCAAUUCCCUGCGGGAUGUCGCCAAAUUCCACUGCAACAUCACCAUCGCAAAGGCCCAACGAGAAUACUUUGGAGAGCUUGAUCGCGAAGGCGUGAGGGAAAAGUUGGACGAGCUGCUGGAUUAUUGUGCUGCCGAUGUACAAGUCACCCACCGCGUCUAUCAAAAGGUUUUUCCGCUCUUCCGUGAUGUCUGCCCUCACCCGGUCAGUUUUGCGGCAUUGCGGUUCAUGGGGACCGAGAUCCUGCCUAUCAACGAGACAUGGAACGAGUACAUCAAGAACGCCGAAGAGAAGUAUCAAGCAUUAUCCGAUCAGGUCCAGCAAAGACUCAUCCAUCUGGCCGACAUAGCAUUGAAGGUCAAGGGGGAGCCCGAAAAAUACGAGAAUGAUCCAUGGUUGAGCCAGCUGGACUGGUCAGGUCAGGAUAUCAAGAUGGCCAAGGGGAAGAAGAAGGGCGAUCCACCGAGACCAGUUGCCCGUCAAAAGAUGCCCGGAAUGCCAAAAUGGUAUAAGGACCUCUAUCCAAAAACCACCGGCCCCAUCACCUUGACCACCCGGACACGAGUUGCCCCGUUGUUUCUGCGGUUAUCAUGGGACGGCUACCCUCUCUUCUGGACCGAUAAAUACGGUUGGACAUAUCGUAUUCCUGUCAGUGAAGCUGCACUCUCCGACGAAAGGAAAGCCGCUCUCUGUGAUUUUUCCGAGGACGAGGAUUUAACCCUUCGCCUCGACCGCGAACACCACUACAUCAAGAUCCCGCACAAAGACGGGCCAUCAGCCCGAUGCACCAACCCAUUGGCAAAGAGUUACCAGCAGUACUUCGAAAACGGCCGGCUUACCUCCGAAUUCACAUACGCCAAAGAGGCGCUUGAGAUGAAUGCCUCUUGCUCGUAUUGGAUCAGCGCUAGAGACCGGAUCAGGUCGCAAAUGGCGGUAUUUGAAGGCGAGGCAAUGGUCAAUGGCAAACCUCAACCAAGUAGACAAGGUGGAGACGGGGGGCCUGGCUCGAAAUUCGGGUACAUUCUUCCUCAGGUCAUUCCCAUGGGGACCAUCACGCGAAGAGCUGUCGAAAACACUUGGUUAACCGCGAGCAAUGCGAAAAAGAACAGGGUUGGUUCGGAGCUAAAGUCGAUGGUCAGGGCUCCCCCGGGCUACUGCUUUGUUGGUGCGGAUGUUGAUUCAGAAGAGCUCUGGAUUGCCAGCCUCCUUGGAGAUGCGCAGUUCAAGCUGCAUGGUGGCAAUGCGAUCGGGUUCAUGACACUUGAGGGUACCAAGGCUGCUGGCACAGAUCUACAUUCGAGGACUGCAUCGAUUCUGGGCAUAUCGCGUAACGAUGCCAAAGUUUUCAACUACGGCCGCAUUUACGGAGCUGGUUUGAAGUUUGCUUCUACACUGCUUAGGCAGUUCAACCCAAGCUUGACAGAGGCACAAACCACAGAAACAGCUUCCAGGCUCUACCAGGAGACAAAGGGUAAAAAGACGGCGCGCAAAGCCCUUAAUGAGAGGAGCUUCUGGCGCGGCGGUACAGAAUCGUUUGUCUUCAACAAGCUCGAGGACUUUGCUGAGCAGGAAAAGCCUUGUACUCCAGUACUUGGGGCGGGAAUUACCGAGGCAUUGACGAAACGAUACCUGACCAAGGGCAGCUUCAUCACAUCUCGUAUCAACUGGGCCAUCCAGUCCUCUGGUGUAGAUUACCUCCACCUCCUCAUCGUCUCCAUGGACUACCUAACUCGGCACUUCAACAUACAUGCACGCCUUGCGCUUACCGUGCAUGAUGAGAUCCGUUACAUCGUCAAGGAAGAAGACAAAUACCGCGCAGCAUUGGCACUGCAAAUCUCCAACAUCUGGACUCGCGCCAUGUUUAGCCAGCAAGUCGGCAUCGAAGAUCUUCCGCAGGCCUGCGCCUUCUUCAGCGCUGUAGACAUCGACCACGUCCUGCGGAAGGAGGUAGACAUGGACUGUGUCACCCCAUCACAUCAAACACCCAUCCCUCCCGGCGAAAGCAUCGACAUCCUCGCUCUCCUCGACAAGGGCGACGAAGCCCGUCUUCACGAUCCCGAAAAACCUGCUCCCAAAAUCGCACUUCAGCCCGAAGGAGUCGGGUACGAGCGGCGCGAGCCGGUCAUGGCCUCGAUCCAGCGCGCAGCCAGCAUCCCUUUCCUGCGCGCGCAAAUCACGGCAGAUGACAAGGAGCUCGUCGAAAUCAUAAAGAGCCUCAAGACGGACAAGGGGGCAAUGGGCGGGUCGUUCUCGCCGACCACACCCAAGCGCUCCACCGCUGACACGCCAGCAGCAUGGAAAAAGGCGCGCAAGAACGUCCCGAGGCCGCCGCACAGCCAACCGCAAGCCGCAUACAUGUUGCCCGUAGAGCAUUGGGAUGAGCGCGCCUUUUUCCGCAAUCUGGAGCGGCCCAAGCCGAGCUGGGGACCCGUGCAUCAGCCGCACGGAUCGACGGGCUCGAGGGGCAGUUGGGGGAGGGUGUAG